AACAUUACAUAACCUGAUGAGUUAUCUACCAAGGAGCAGCAGCGGCAGCAGCGUCGUCAUCAGCAGCAUCAUCAAGCCUGUUCGCUUUCCAAGUAUUUUUCCCUUGUCUAGGGUUUGGUGCUGCACUCACACUCCCAUAAACCAAACGCAAACUGCAAUGGAGCAACUUGACCCAUCAAAGUCCUCUCAAGUUGUGGUGCCUCAUCCCCACCUUCUUCAUGCCAAAAUCUCUUCAAUUCGCAUGGCUGGUCACUCUAAACUCCAGAUAAUUGCAGAUUUUGAUGCCACACUAACAAAGUACUGGGUCAAUGGCUGUCGAGGGCAAAGCAGUCAUGGCCUUUUGCAACAGGGGAAUCCUGAAUAUGAUGUCAAGAGGCGGGAACUAUAUGACUAUUAUCAUCCAUUAGAAAUCUCCCCAAGUAUUCCAAUUGAAGAGAAAGCAAAGCUCAUGGAAGAGUGGUGGGGGAAAACCCAUGCUCUUCUUAUUGAGGGAGGCCUUACAUAUGAUGCGAUAACGAAGUCCGUGGCUAAUUCCAUGAUUACCUUCAGAGAGGGAGUUGUGGAACUUUUUGAGUUUCUGGAGGCAAGAGACAUUCCAGUUCUUAUUUUCUCAGCAGGGCUUGCAGAUGUCAUAGAGGAGGUACUGAGGCAGAAACUUCAUAGAUCUUUUAAGAACAUUAAGAUUGUAUCAAACAGGAUGAUAUUUGAUGGGGAUGGUCACCUAGUUUCUUUUAAAGGGAAGACCAUCCAUGUGUUGAACAAAAAUGAGCAUGCCCUUGAUAUGGCUGGACCUCUUCAUGACGAAUUGGGUGACAGUGAUGGGCCUAAUGAAGACAGUGCCUCGGUGAAGAAGAGAACCAAUGUGCUGCUUCUUGGUGAUCACAUUGGAGACUUGGGAAUGUCAGAUGGUUUGGACUAUGAAACUCGAAUAUCUGUGGGAUUCCUGAAUGACAACGUAGAGAAGUCUCUUGAUAGCUACCGCAAAGCCUUUGAUCUUGUUUACUUGAAUGAUGGACCCAUGUGGGGUGUAGUUAAGCUCGUCUCUCAGCUAUGUUCGACUGAAGGUGAUUAAGCCAUCUGCUAUGCCAUACAUGCUUUCUACCAAAGGCAUUCAUUACAUGGUGUUUUUGUUUUCCUGGCCAAUCUACAUCUGCAGGGGUUCUAGUGGCAACACAUAUCUUAUUGAUAAUUAAUUUUAAUUCCAAGUCCAAGAAAGAGAUUAUCUCUUUGGGUGAAAGUAGCCCUAUCAUUGAUAAUCUUCCUUGAAUCUUUAAGAUACAAACUUUUAUCAACAAAUGGUGGAUGAAUAAAUCUCGUUGUCCAGAAAAAUAGGCCUGUCCCUCUUGCAUGUUGCACCUUAUAAAAUGCACAAGAUUUUCAUCUGA